AUGAGAUGCUUUGCAGAAAUCCAUGUUAGUAGUGGGGGGAGCCGCGGCCCCGAGCCAGGCCGAACACAGCCUCGAACACUCCGCCACCCGCCGCACGGCGCCGCUGUUGCGCCGUUGGAGUGCCACGCAGGUCCAAAGGGAAGACGCAAGCGGCGUCGAGGCCCCUGCCGCCACGCGAUCGAAAUGUUCAAGUCGCGCUUCAACGCGAACAGGGCGAAGACGCAGUGCCGCCUGUGCGUCGGGCGCAUCAAGCUGCUGAAGAACAAGCGAAACAUACAGAUGGCGCAGAUGCGCAAGGAGGUCGCCGAGCUACUGCGCGCCGACCGCGGCGAGUACGCGUGGAUCCGCGUGGAGGCCAUACUCCGCGAGAAGAACCUGUCCGCGGCGUACGAGAUCCUGGAGCUGUACCUGGAGCUGCUGGCCGUGCGGGCAGCCCUGGUCGAGAGGGCCAAGGAGGUGCCGCCUGACAUGGUGGAGGCGAUCACGAGCAUGAUGCACGCCGCGCCGCGCGUGGCGGACCUCCCCGAGCUGCAGCAGGUGCGCUCGCUUCUGAUGCACAGGUUCGGCAAGGAGCUGGGCCCGGAGGAGCCCAAGGACGGCGAGGAGAGCAGGUGGCAGGUGAACUACAACCUCCGCCGCUUCUUGUCUGUUGCUGCGCCCCAGCCAGAAGAGAAGCUGUCCAUGCUGUCAAAGAUUGCCCAAGAACACGAUGUUGACUUCGAUGCAGAACAAUUGUCAAUAACAGUCAUGUCCCACUCCGAGAGCCACAAAGAGGAUCCUGCUUCCCAGAAGGAGAAAGAGUACCAAAAGCACAUGGCGGCCAGCUUGGGGGGUGGAGCCACAGCUGCAGGCCCAUUGGGUGCCACUCAUUUCGGUCGUCAGAAAACGCAUCCUGGCAUUGAAGAUCCAGUCGCACAGCCCCCACCACAGAUGGCAACACCACAUCCACUGCCCUCACAGCCCUCCCUGCCACCAGCUGUGCCCAGCUGCCCAGCUCCCUGUGCCAGUUCACCUGUGGGCGCAUACACAAAUGCCCAGACUGCUGCAACGGCUGCUUGGAAUGCGGCUGAAGAGGCAAAGCGAGCUGCUGCUGCGGCUGCAGGGUAUGCGGCACAGGCCCCAGUCUCUGCAAACCCACCCAACCCUGCCACUGUGCCAAUGAUCUUUGGAACGCCACCGGCCGCCAUGCCAGCUGCGCCGGGGUACGCAGUGCACACUGAGACGUCUCCCCCCCAGGCAUGGGCUCCGCCGUCGCCAGGCCCCAAGCCAGUAACGCCCACCUCCCCAGAAGACCAUGCACCACUUGCGAAUUCCGAGCCCCAUGCAGGGUCGUUCAAGGUCAAAUCGCAGGACGAGCUGCAGCGGCAAUAUGAUGCAGCUCUGGGAGCGCCACCAAAGAAGGACGCAACAUCCGGACCGCCCUCGGCACCACCAAUGGGAGGCCUCCCUGGUGCCAUGCCGCAGGUGCAAGCGGGCAGUACAGCACCACCACUUUACUCAGAAUCCAGCAGUUCCCCCCAGGUUCCACACGCCCCACGACCCCCGAAUGGGGUUGACCCAGAGCUUCCCUGUGUUCCUCAGUACCCACCUCCAGGGGUAAAUCUGCCCCACGUGCCUGGAGCCGGCGAGGACUUUCCGCCUGUGCCGCAAGGAGGCCCCGGCGUGGACGACCUUCCAUCUGUGCCGAUCGUCCCUGGGGGAGUUGCUGACCAACCGCAUGACCAUAUGGAUGAACUGACGAAGCGACUGGAUGACCUGAAGAAGGAUUAG